UCCAUCGGCCCUCUAGCAGAACAAUUGUGAAACAAUGCUGUCAGUUAACCUAACCUCAAAAAAGCCUGCUGUGUGUUUUGUUUUGGUUUUAAAAUUGCAGAGAAUUUUCACAAAAAUGCAAAACUUACGGAAUAUCCUACCCAUUAUCUAUCCAAAUUUGCGAAAUAUCCGACAACUCUCAUCCUUUCAUGCGGCUCCCAAUCCUGAGCAUAAAGAUGCAGAUACCCUUCCGACUGGUGAGCCAGAACUGGAUAAAUUGUACUCAAAGUUGGAAAUAGAGUUAAGGGGUGUAGAUCCAACGGUCCUCAAGAGUUAUUCCUGGUUCGCAACAACAGCAGCUCAGCACAUGGGAAUCGAAGUUGGCGAAUGUUGGGCAUUGAAGAAAGCACAUCACGAUCGGAUGACUUUGUUGCGAUGUGUUCACAUUUUCAAGAAACACAGAGUCCAAUACGAAAUGCGAACUUACUUCCGGUACAUGAACUUCCACAAACUGACCGGUUCAACGCUGGACACAUUUCUGGAGUACAUUGAAAGGAAUAUUCCAGAGGGAGUGGCACUGAAGGCUACUAAAACGGAGGUACAGCCGCUUCCGGAACACUUUACUACACCACCGACAGUUAAAGAGUGAACAAAGUGAGUUGCCAGCAUUUAUUCAAUAUUUGAAUAGAAAAUAUAUAGAUAGUUUUUAUUGCAAAUUGUUGCUAAA